GACUCUGAAAACUUUAGUUAUGUUUACAAUAAACAUUCAUUGGAAGUGGAAAAUUUUAUUUAAGUAUUACAAAUUCCCUUAAUAUUCCCUUGAAUUUUUCGAGUUUCACUUCAUGGUUCUUUGCUAAUUUUAGAAUGUAGAUAUUUGGGUGAUUUUUAGUUCUCCAACGACCGAGGUAUACUGUUGAAGUCUUACAUUCUGCAUUGCCUUUAUUAGCUAUCUCUAAUAUUGUGGAUCAUGCCUCCGUGACAAGACAUUAACUCCCAUCUCUGGUGCAGAAAGAUCUCCUCCUGAAGUUGGUGAAUCAAUGGGCUCAUUACAGAUGAACAGAUCUAAUAUGGAUGGAGAUAAUAUAUCACCAUUCAACAACCAAAAACUUGACCAAAUUAAGAAAAUACUGCAUCAGGAUGUGAGCAAAGAAUUAGAAGAGGCAAUCAAAAUUGCCAAAGAAAUCAAUAACAGAAUCUAUCAAGUUCAUCGUAAUAUUUUAGUUUACCAGAAACUCAAUCCCUCUCGAAAAAUAAUAUUUCCUGAGAGUGAAUGGCGGAGAGAAAUAUGUUUGAACAAUGGAGGACUCAAAGAAAAACUGGGAACUUGUGGAGCUAGUAGACUUCAGGGCAUUUCAUCAGCCAAUAAAGUAACAUCACUCGAUGAACCUAGUUCCAGCGGAACUCAGAUUCUUUUUCCAACAUCGUCUGCAUCAAGUCCAGCGUGUAGCUCUGCUUCAAGCACCUGUGUUGGGAACGGUGGUAGCAGCCUAAAACCAAGUGUAAAACAAAAUUCUCCCGUUUUACCUUGUACAAGGUUUUACCCAUCUGGCAACGAAAACGGCUCCAUUGGUCCUGAUAAUCGGACUUCAAUUGAUCUGAAUAUCAGUGAAGACAAAAGUCAUCCAAAUGUAUCAGAUUCGCAGUCAAGCAUAGUUUUAUAUGAUAAGUAUUUGAAAGUUGCAGAUCAAGUGUGGCAAAUUAGUAUAGACCAUGAUUAUCUGAAGGAAAAUAUCUGGGCAGAACAAACAAAGCAUCGGAAACACUCUUUGCUUACGCUAAGUUCCAGCAAAUUGAUUUCCACCGAUGCUAACACAAUUUCCAAAGAAACAAGUUCUCCUCCCAGCAAAAGGAUGAAAAUAGAUCUCUUAAGAGGCUUUGAAGGUGAUCUCAAGAAUAGUUUUUAUAACUCUGCCCUACCUACCUCAACUGUAAAUGGUGAAAAUAUUGAAGAUAUCAAGUUUGAUGACUUUUGGAAUUCAAGCACUUAUUUUGACCAAGAUAUGAUGACCUGCAAUCAAAGUCUGUUCAGCCACAAUAACCUUGAUCUCUCUAGUGUCUGUGAUAUUCCUGUAAAUAUUGAUGAUGAAUGCAGUGAAGGAUACCUUUUUACUUCAUCAGAGUCGUCAAAGGACAGUCAGAACCUGCCUCGUGAUCUUCUUAAGAAUUUAGGAGACAGCUUUACAAAUAAAGCUUUGGUUAGUCAUUCUCCUGUGAAGUUAAGGUUCACCAUCGGAACUGUUUCAAAGCAGCUUCUUCCGUCUGAAAAGAGUUGUCAUGAAACUCAUAUUUGGAAGAUCUACGUCAGAAACACUUUUGCACAGGAUGCACCAUUAGACAAUUACAUUACCAAAAUUCGAUUCUUAAUCCAUGAUAGCUAUGCUCCAAAUAAUUUAAUUGAAAGAAAGGAGCCUCCGUAUGAAAUAACCCGUCGAGGAUGGGGUGAAUUUCCAAUCCGGGUGCAAAUUUUCUUCCGUUUUAACAAGAAACCAAUUUGUUUAGUUCAUCAGCUAUCGCUAGUUCGAAAUGUGAUCAACAUUCUCACUCUUGGAAUACAAAAAAACUAUGAAAUAGUGAUUCCAAAUUUGGUCACUAGUGCCCCUCUUUCAAAAAAAGUGGAUUCAACAUAUCAUAGUGGUGUGUUGAAUGAUGGUCUGUGGAGGAGUUCUAUGAGUAGCUCAGUUGUCAAAGAUCUAUUUGAUUUCAAAAUUAAAGAAAUUAAUACUGUGGCUAAAAUAAAUGAACUGAUAAGCCAAGAUGCGGUUCCUCACGUUAAUAGUAGCCAAACACUAGUUAAUAUUAGCUCAUGGUCAACGGUUCCUUUUAAAGAAUUAAAGUCUCAACUUUUUGCAGAGGACGAUUUUUAUGCCAAUUUCUCUGAUUUGAAUCAAAUCAGGGUCCGAAUAAGCUCAAUUAACAAUUACUGCGAGAGGAUUGUAUUUUUGUUAGAUAUAUUACCGAUCAUAACCCCACAUGCUCUCCUGAAAUGGUACAAAAGAGUUCAUCCAUAUUCUUGUCCCAGUAGAGAAAUUUUCGAUAGUUGGCCGUCUGGGAAACAGCGAGCAUCGGAGUUUAGUCGAGCAAGAAUGAUUAAAUCACUAGCUGCUCUAAAUCCUGCUGACGAUUGGUCCACAAAUGAAGUAGUUUUAUUUGCAAGGAAUAAAGAGACUCAUUUUCAAAAUGAUCCUGCUUUUAAAGCAUCAUUGGUCUCUCUUGCAAAAACCAUGGCGCUACAGCAACUGUCAGAGUUAGAAGAUGAACUUGCUAAGUCUGAAAACAGUGAAUUCAUCGAUAUCGUAUGAUUCUUCAACUUCAAACAGUUUUCUAAAUAAGAGCUGCUACAUUUGAGUGUAAAAUUAUCCUUUUUCCCUUUUGAAGGAAAGUUUUUUAUAUUUUUGCCAUCCAAAUUUUCCAGCGGCCAUAUCUUAUCUCUCUAAUUAAAACUGAUUCUAAAUGGACCAGUGAAGGAGAAAAGGAGAUCAAGUUUUUGUCCAGAAAAAUUUCGUUGAUUUUUCAAAAUCAUCAACUGCAAGGGCGUCUAGACCGCACCCUCUGCUAGAGAAUGUCUCACUUUUCGAAAAAUUGUAUCACUUUUUAGAUGAAUAGUUUCAUCCCUAAAUGACAUGCUUCUUGUGUCAAGUUUUUAUCAGAGCUUUUCAGCUCGGGAAAAGAGAAAAAAUUUAUGAAAUAUUCAAAUACUACGCCGAAAGGAGCAAUUUGAAAAUGAGAAACAUGCCUCUACUACUUCUUAUUACAGAGGUUGUGAGAAGAUGAUUUGCUUUCAAGAUGGUUCUAAUACAAUUGAUAUGCUUACCUGGACUGUUUAUUUAAUUUCUAAAGUCAGUUUGAAAAGCAGAAAAAAGCUCAGCCAUCCAUUCCAAGAAGGAAGUUUCAACAGUUAGCCGAAAGACUCUUGAUUUUAUUAAUAGAAGAGAAUAGAAUCUUUUAAUAGAAAUUAUAAUAAAUUCUAAUUUCCUACCAUUAGGGACUGUUCGAACAUUACUACUUUAGGAGGAGAGGGGGUCUCAGCUUGUCUCACAGGGUUCUACGAUAGAGAGAGGGGGGUCCAGCCCAGUCUCAUGUAAGCCCUCCAUUGUUAACACAAUGUUAACCAAUAAAUAUAACUUUUUUAGCUAUCUUUAGGCUUUCUCCGAUAUUCUUUGAAAAAUUUGGGGGGGGGGUGGUCUGACCAGUCUUAUAUCCCUCAAAAAGGAGGGUGAAAGGUUGUUUUACUGAUGCCUCACAAGGGGAGGAGGUUCGGCCAAAAUGGUUUUCUUAAUAUGUGAAGGACCCCUUACUGAUGAAUUAAGAGCCCCCCUCCCCGGCUACUUACUUAAGUAUAAUACUCUGUGAACUUGUGCACACAACCCAUGCUACUUGGGCUGCUGUCACUUGUACUCUCUCUCCUGUCAGCUUCAUUCCAUUGCAAUCUGUUUUCCAUAAAAUGUUUAAUUGUUUUGUUCCCUGCUUUGAUUUGUCUUAUUAAAAAAAGUGCAGUGCCAAAAAAAAAAAGGCAGGGUCCCAUCUUACACGUCAUGUUUAAACUUUAAAGUUGGCAAGCUUUAAGUUAGAGAUCUGCUCAAGGUCCUCUUUUAAAGCUGGAGAGUCUAGCCUUGUGCAAACUGCAUGCCAACAACUUCCCCUGUUCGCUCAAAAACGGAAUGUGUGCAGUAUUUUUGGGACACCCUAUUAAAAACUUUCUGUUUAGAACUAAGUAGAUGGGAAGAUUCUCAAGAUAACUUCGUUGAUGAGCUAAACUAGAUCCAUUAAUCUUGGCGUGAUAGAAAAUUUGAUCUGAGUUUAUUAGAAACGCACCAAGUCGUAUUUUGGGAAUGAAAAUACAUUUUGAAUAAUUUUGAAUUCAGCAAGUCGUGCAUUUACUCCUAUCAAAAAACCAAAGUAGAAGGAAAAAAAGCCUCUUUGAACUUAUAAACAGUUGUUAAACUUUGUCUUUGGAGGAAUUAAACUUAAAACAUUUCUCUCUCGAUUGAUACUUGAUAAGACUAGGUGCGUUCCUCUCAAACUUGGUAUCUUUAUGUUAUCCUCCUGUUAAACUGACUAUCCUAUUGUUUCUAAAAAGUUCUAGCAUUUACUUUUUGACGUAAGUUCUUUCAGCUAAUCAUGAAAAAAGAGGCAAGUCGAAAGAAAGGAGUGUAUUAUAAUGAAAAGAUGAAUGGUGGUAACUCCCUCUCUCCCCAUUUUUCCUUGCUUUGAAAUCCCAAUGAGGAAGGUAUCCCAAUGAAAUCAAGAAUUUAGGAAGAUUUGUCGGAAUUUGUUGUUGUUUACUUUUUAUAUUGAAUGUUGACAACAGAUUCGUCUUAACUAAUAUUUGCCAAUAAUUUCCUUUCAAAAGAAAUGAUUGUUCUCCACCCUGUACCUUGAAGCAUUUCAGAAGGUUAAAUGAAAAGAAGUUCAAGUUGAGUUUGUAUCUUUUUAGAGACAAAUAAACUAAAAUUAUUAUCGGUUA